CUCGCGAACGAGAAGAAUAUCCGCCAAAUCAAGGAAGACGUGGACAAAGUGAGGCCCACAGAAGUGGCCAAUUUCACGGCCGCACUCAUACACGCCUUCGAUCUCCUCCAAGUGGUGCACGCAUCGAAAGGGGGCUGUCAGUGUAACCAAGCAAUUAUGCUGAUCACUGAUGGAGCACCCGAGACAUUUGAAGAUGUCUUUCGUACGUACAACUGGCCUAACAUACCGGUCAGGGUUUUCACAUAUCUUAUUGGCCGUGAGGUCACUGAUAGUCAAGAAGUAUAUUGGAUGGCCUGUCAUAAUAGGGGGUAUUACACACAUGUGUCCAAUUUGGCAGAAGUGCGGGAACAGGUCCAGCAAUACAUACCUGUCAUGAGUCGGCCGAUAGUGCUGUCCGGGGAACGAGUGUUUGCGUGGACUCCAGUCUACGCUCACGUUUCCGAAGUGCCUCUAAGUGACUGGGUUUGGGAGGAAAGAGACUUCCAUAUCAAUGGAUCCACGAUUGGAUUUCUUAAAGCCAUCGAACAGCUCUUCAUAGAUAAUGAGCUGAUCCAGUGUCUUGAACACCACUCGUUGCCAUUGUCUAGAAAUGCAUUCAAAUCUGAAGCGAUCAUCAAAUGGGAGAAAAGACAACAACUCUUGACACAAAUCAUCGCUAAAGCGAUCGAAAGAGUCUUUGCUAUGGGUUUGGGUGACGAUUGGCUUUUGUUGAGUCCACUUAUUUGGUCUCUUCUUUGGUGCCAUAAUGGAGACAAUGAUUACUUCGGGACACAAAUCAAGAGAAAUAAUGGUUUGAAAGACAUGUGGUUUGUCUGCAAUGAAUGA